AUGGUCUAUGGACAACAUAUGAUCACAUCGGGUGCCACAUAUUCUCUGCUAAGGAAGCUGAACCUGCUCGACGAUCGUUCUGUACUUUUCAAUCGUCCGGAGUCUUUCGAAAUUGUUCAUAUGGAAGCUAAAAAACGGAUGCAGAAGAUGCAUGAUGAAAACGAAAAGAGAUAUAAUCUUCGGACAAAGUCAGUAUCUUUCAACGUCGGUCAAGAGGUCUUCCGACGUAAUUUCAAGCAAAGCUGUUUCCAAUCCGGAUACAAUGCCAAGUUUGGGCCGUCGUUUGUCAAAGCCCGGGUGCGCAAGAAAUUGGGUAACUGCUACUACGAAUUGGAAGAUCCACAGGGUCGGUUAUUAGGCACUUACCAUGCCAAGGAUAUUCGCCAGUGA